CAGGGCACUGAUGAUCAGUGUAGCCCCAGCAGUACCACCUGUCAGUGUCCAUCAGUGCCAGCUCUCAGUGCUCAUCCAUGCCACCUGCCAGUGCCCAUCAGUGCCACAUAUCGGUGCCCAUCUGAGCUGCCUUUCAGUGUCACCCAUCGGUGCCAGCCAGUGCCACCUAUCAAUGCUGCCUAUCAGUGCCAUAUAUCAAUGCGGCCUUUUAGUGCCCAUCAGUGAUGCCUGUCAAUGCCCAUCAGUGCCACCUACCAGUGCCUCCUCAUCAGUUCCACCUAUCAGUGUCCAUCAGUGCAGCCUAUCAGUGGCCAUCACUGCAGCCUCAUUAGCGCACAUCAGUGAAGGAGAAAAAUCACUUAUUUACAAAAUUUUAGAA